UUUUGCGCAACCAUCGCCCGAUGUGUACCUAGUAAAGACACGGAUGAGAGAGCGUUCUACAAGAGCUUCCUCCUCUCCAUUAUUGUCAGCUGCCACAGGCACCACCAUGGAAAAGCUGCUCACCGUAGUGUGUGUUUCAAGCCUUCUUCUAGCCACUCUUGCGGACGAUGCCUCCUCCAGAUCUUCUCUUCAGCACCCCUCCCUGGACAGUCUACAAGAUCGUGUUCUGGGUCGCAAAGGCGGAGAAGAAGUGGCACACCACCACCAUUACCGGCGUGAAGGCGAGCACGGGGAGCAGCAUGAGGUGGUGCCUAUGGGAGCGGAGAGUGGCGAAGAGAGGAAGAAGGGAAGUUGGAGGAACGAGGACGAGGAGGCGGUUGCGGCGGAAGGGCUGAUCUCCAGCGCGGACUACAGCGGCGUGGCCAUGCACGGCCACAGCUCCCCGCCGGCGCACAAAAAGCAUCCCAGGCCAUAGGCCUUCCGCCUCCGGAUAUUAUUCAGUUGGUGUGUAAUCUUGUCCAGUUCAGUUUCCUCUUCUUUUUCGGUGCCUUUAGCAAGUACUCCUAGUAGUCCAGUUCUAUGGAAUUGGUGUAUCCUGAUUCUCUGUAAAAGAUACCAAGUCCACGAUUUUAUAUGGAUCUUCGUUGAAAAGAAAAAUCGAGAUA